UCUCCGCCCCCCGCCCGCUCCGUCACCUGACAGUCGGCGCCUGACUCUGGGCAGCCUUGGCCAGGAUGGCGCGGUCGGAGCCCCGGGAAGAGGCGAGAGCAGCGGCCGCCCACGGCGCUUGCCUGGAUCCGCCACCCCGCCCCGGCUCGUCCGGCCGAGCCCGCUUGUUGCUGCUGCUGCUGCUGCUGCUACUCUGGCCAGCCUUCCUCCGCUCCGCCGCCGCCGCCGCCGCCGCCGCCGCCCGGGCUCCGGAGCCGGACCAGCCCUUCCGGGUCCCCGACGGCUGGAGGUCUCUGGGCCGCGUGGCCCCCGCCGAGCAGCUGAGCCUGACCUUUGCGCUUCGGCAGCGGAACGUGGAGCGGCUGAGCGAGCUGGUGCGCCGCGUCUCCUCGCCCGACUCGCCCGACUCCGGGCACUUCCUCUCCCUGGCAGAAGUGAGUUCCUUCGUCUCCCCCUCCCCCCUGACGCUGGGCAGCGUGGAGAAGUGGCUGGCGGCUCAUGGGGUCUGGGACUGCCAGAAGGUCAGCACCCUGGACUUCCUGCAGUGCUCGGUGCCAGCCAGCACUGCUGAGCAGCUCCUCCCGGGGGCCCAGUUCCACCGUUACGAGAAGGACGCUCGCAGGGUCAUAAGGUCCCCUCUGCCUUACCUGCUUGAUCCGGAGCUAGUGGACCACGUGGAUUUCGUGGGGGGGCUGCACCGUUUCCCAGCCGAACGGAAGGUGGUGAGCCGGGCCUGGGCUGCAGAGAAGUCGCCAUCAGGAGGGGACGGGCGGUCCAGCUUCCAUUUGGGCGUGACACCGGCUGUGCUCCGCCAGCGAUACAACCUGACCCACGUGGAUGCAGGCAACUUCUCGCGCAACAGCCAGGCCUGCGCCCAGUUCCUGGAGCAAUACUUCCACCCGGCCGACCUGGCUGAGUUCAUGCAGCUCUUUGGCAGCAAGUUCCCCCACCGCUCCCGGGUUGACCAAGUCGUUGGGCCCAAGGGCUCUGGCUCAGCUGGCAUAGAGGCCAGCCUGGACGUGGAGUACCUCAUGAGCACAGGGGCCAACAUUUCCACCUGGGUCUUCAGCAAUGCAGGUCGCCACGAGAGCCAGGAGCCCUUCCUGCAGUGGCUGCUCCUGCUCAGCAACACCAGUGGGCUGCCAUGGGUCCACACGGUCAGCUAUGGGGACGAUGAGGCCAGCCUCUCUCAGGCCUACAUGAAGCGGGUAAACAUCGAGUUCAUGAAGGCUGCCGCCCGCGGCCUGAGCAUCCUCUUUGCCUCAGGCGACUCUGGGGCCGGCUGCCGGACAGACGCGGGAGGAAAGCACGUCUUCCAGCCCAGCUUCCCAGCCUCCAGCCCUUACGUGACAACGGUUGGGGGCACGGCCUUCCAGCAGCCUUUCCUGGUGGGCACUGAGGUGGCCCACUACAUCAGCGGAGGAGGGUUCAGCAACGUCUUCCCUAUGCCCGACUACCAGGUAACGGCUGUGAAGCGUUUCCUGGGCACGUCGCCUCGGCUGCCCCCGGCCAGCUACUACAACAGCACAGGAAGAGCUUAUCCCGAUUUGGCGGCCCUCUCGGACAACUACUGGGUGGUGACCAACCGCAUCCCCAUGCCCUGGGUCUCGGGCACCUCUGCUUCCACUCCUGUGGUGGGGGGCAUCAUUGCCCUGAUCAACGACUGGCGCCUCCAGCGAGGGUUGCCUGCCCUGGGCUUCCUCAACCCUGCCCUGUACCGGCUCCAGGAAGGAGGGAACAGCACUGCCCUCUACGAUGUGACCCACGGAUGCCAUCUGUCCUGUCUGGAUGCUGCUGUGCAGGGCCAGGGCUUCUGUGCUGGCCCUGCUUGGGACCCCGUCACAGGCUGGGGGACCCCCAACUUCCCUCAGCUGCUGCGUGGCCUCCUGGGCUAGCAGGCCAUGAUGUGGGCCUUACUGGUGGCCAGUUUGCAAUCAGGAUGGGGGAGAGGGAAUGGACAGGGUGUGUGGGUGUGUGACUGGGAGGCUACAGUGGCACAUGGGGGGUGGGGUAUCCUGCCCCAAGGGGGCUCCUCUUUUCUAAGUGGGAACCGUGUCAGAGGGAUCUUCUGUCAUGGACUAAUCAAUGCCCAGAGACUGGCCACUGCCAGCCACGCAACCCUGGGGUGGGGGUGGGGGAGGUUAGUAUUGUGCAAAGUGCUUUGAAUGCAGAAUCCCAGAAUCCUAUUUCAGGUCUGAAAUGUGAUGCUGCCUGUGUGUGAGGCCCUGGGAGGCUUGCAACAGGGCCCCACCCUCUCUUUGAGCACAAGUGCCCCAACCUCCAGGCUCCCAUUGGACUCUGGGCACUGCAGACAGUCUCUGGCCCAUCUAGAAGCCUCGGGACUGGCCAGGGACGCUUCAGUUCGCACAGCAAUAUAUUUGGUGCAAGAGGCUGUCCUAGGCCACCAUAAAGCAAUUCUCCCAUAUCCCAGGUCGUCACGUCCAAGCCCUGAUCAUGGCAGACAUUCAGAUAUAUAAGCCGCCUCGGACCCAGCGUGACCACAUCAAUCCCCGACCCCUGAAAGCAAGUUCCGCUGUCCAGUCAUCUGCCUUCCUGCAAUUUAAACCCCUGGCUUUGUGUUCUACGCACUGGAAUAAAGGGCAUGCAGGGCAGACUCUGCGAUGCUCGGGUGCUCUCUGCUGCCCUGCUGACGCGUCUUCAGGCCAAGCCUUUCCACAGCAGAGCCUCCAGUGUGUAUAACUUGAGAGCAAGCUCCCCCUCCUUCCACCACUGAUGAUGUUACCUAGUUUGAUCAGGAAAUGUCCGCAAGGAAACCACCAAGCCCCCCCCCCAUUUCCACCAGCCCCCUCAUCCUUUAUCCUUCCAAGUUCUCUGAAUCCUAAAAUGCGUUACCCAGAGCUAAGCAGAUCACCUAAAGGAGAAGCUGCAGAUCACCCAAAGGAGAAGAAUCAACUAAAAUCUUGAGAAACUUAUCGAUUUAACCUAAAAUUGCAUUUGCCCUUUUUGCAACUAGUUCACACGCUUGUCUCUGGCUCCAAAGGUAAAGAGACUCUUUGAGUAGGAGGUGGGUGUUUAGUUAUCCCACCCAAUUUUGUAUCAUGUACAGACUUGAAUAGUAUUUUCUCCAAAACGAUUAAUAAAAAUACUGAAAAAUGAA